AUGGGGUUCUUUUCUAGCACAAAACCACCUCAACCUACCACCGUGCCGAGCGAUGAGAUCAUCCCUCUCCAUUUCUGGAAUACUGCUUUAUGUAUGCGCGGCACGGUUUUGGACGUUUCGCUCAAAUUUGAUGAUGUGUUGGAUAUAUCAAAACUGCGCGAUGCCCUCGAUCAGCUGCUCGAGAUGGAAGAUUGGAGACAGCUGGGAGCUCGAUUGCGCAUGAACAGAGAUGGAAAACUUGAAUAUCACAUUCCAGCGCAUUUCGAUGCCUCGAGGCCGGCUUUCAACAUGACCAAUGCUCAGCAUGAGACAAGCAUCGCCGACCACCCACUCCAGGCCAGAAUACCACAUGCAACCGGCACGCCCGCCGUCUUUCCAUCCCCCGACGAAUUAAGCCCUCUACUACGCAGUGCAGAUGCCCCCAACCACAUCGAUGACUGGAUCUAUUCGGACAGACCCCAACUGUCUAUACACGUUAUCACCUUCAGUGAUGCCACGAUAAUUACUAUCACAUGGCUACACACCUUAGCAGAUGUUAUGGGGAUGACAACAAUCUUGAAUGCAUGGACCGCUGUACUCCAAGGGAACCGAGAGGCAAUUCCCAAACUACAAGGAUUCCGAUCAGACCCGCUCACACAACUCGGCCAACGCACGCCAGCGGAAAAGUACAUGCACUUCAACCGUGUGUUUGGUCGGAAAGAGUUCUUAUGGUUUAUCGGACUGAAUAUCUUCGACAGACUGUGGUAUCGCCAGGAGGAGCGACGCACCAUUUGUAUUCCCGCCGCAUGUUUGCGGAACCUCCGCCAGCAAGCAUCGAGCGAGAUCUCCGCUGCCUCAAGCAGCGAAGGAAACCCAGUGCCUUUCGUGAGUGAAAGUGACGUGCUGUUGGGAUGGUGGGUGCGCAGUCUUUACGGCGCACUGGGGCUUAGGACGGACCAGACUAUCCUGGUAAACAAUGCACUAAACCUGCGAACAUCUUUGCAUGAAUCCUUCAUGUCCAAAGAUAGUGCAUACAUGGGCAACGCACUGUGCAUGUCACCCACCUUUCUACAGGGCCAGCAGAUUACCGACGAACCAUUAGGCCGAAUUGCUCUGCGGAUUCGAGAAUCAGUAGCAGAACAGCGAACUCCAGAGCAGGUCGAGGCUAUGACAGCACUGCAAAUGCAGACGAUGGAAAAGACGGGCUAUCUUGCCUUGGUGGGCGAUCCUCAAAUGAUGCUUCUGUCUUGCUCCAACUGGCACAAAGCCCGUCUAUUUGACAUGGACUUCUCGCCGGCCGUAUUACAAAGCUCCGCUCAGUCAAGCUCGCAGAACACCCAGAAGAAAGGAAAGCCAAGCUAUGUGAAUGGGGUUCAGCACUCGGGAAAUUCAUUCCGCAAUGUUCUUUCGGUAAUAGGGAAAGAUGCUGGUGGGAAUUGGUGGCUAACCGGUGUUCUACGAACGGAUGCAUGGGCGCAUGUGGAGGAACAAUUGCACAAAUUGGGUUCGAGUUAG